AUGAAUUACUCUCGAUUCAUCACCUCUGUGAGUGCAGCAAGAAAAGCAUCUCCGAUAAGACUUCUGACUGAAUUGAUGCAGAAGUCUCCUCCAUCUCUCAUCUCUCUGGCUGGAGGGGCACCAAACCCUAACGUUUUUCCAUUUAAGAGGGCUACUGUUGCCAUUGGACAUGGAACUGCUGUUGAGAUUGGGGAAGAUCUGAUGAAGAGAGCUCUCCAGUACUCAGCUUCAGCAGGGAUUCCAGAGCUGUUGUCUUGGCUAAAGGAUUUCCAGCGGAAUCUACAUAAUCCCCCCACAGCCAACUACAGUCCUGAACAAGGACAAAUGGAAGUGUGUGUUACAACUGGCAGCCAGGAAGGCUUGUGUAAAGUGUUUGAAAUGCUCAUUAAUCCUGGGGACAAUAUCCUUUUGGAUGCACCCACAUACUCUGGGACACUAGCAGCUCUGAGACCUUUGGGUUGUAACAUAAUUAAUGUUCCUAGUGACCAACAUGGCAUUAUUCCAAAAGCUCUAAGAGAAAUUCUGUCUACUUGGAGCUCAGAAGAUGUAAAAAAUCGUAGCCACCACCUCCCCAAAUUCCUGUACACUAUUCCGAAUGGCUGCAACCCAACUGGAAACUCUCUGACCACAGAGCGCAAGAAGGAGAUUUACCAGCUUGCAAGAAAAUAUGAUUUCCUUAUAAUAGAAGAUGAUCCUUACUACUUUCUUCAGUUUGAAAAGCCAUGGGCUCCAACUUUCCUCUCAAUGGAUGUGGAUGGCCGAGUUAUCAGGACUGACUCUUUCUCUAAAAUUCUCUCAUCUGGGUUAAGAAUAGGUUUUCUGACAGGUCCCAAGCCUCUUAUCGACAGAGUUAUUCUACACAUUCAGGUUUCAACAAUGCACACCAGCACUUUCACACAGAUUAUGAUAUCACAGCUGCUUCAGCAAUGGGGAGAAAAGGGUUUCUUGGAGCAUAUAGACAGAGUGGUGGAGUUCUACAGGACUCAGCGGGAUGCAAUGCUCAUUGCUGCUGACAAGUGGUUAAAAGACUUGGCAGAAUGGUAUCCUCCUGCUGCUGGCAUGUUCUUAUGGAUGAAAAUUAAGGGUGUCCCUGAUACACAGCAGCUGAUCAUGGAAAAAGCUUUGCAGAAAGAAGUGUUACUGGUUCCUGGAGGAGCAUUCAAUAUCAAUAGUUCAGAGCCUAGUUCUUACGUCAGAGCCUCCUUCUCUCUGUCUUCUCCAGCCCAGAUGGAUCUGGCCUUCAAGAGACUGGCUGACCUUAUAAGAGAAGCUUUGUGA